AUGGACAAUGAACUAUUGACAACAACAUUAGCAACUCCAAACGUAACAACAGUCUUAACGAAUUUAAACCGGACAGAUGUAGACAAUUUUCAGUUUCCUGAAGAUGAAGUCCCUAAACCUCCAUUGCUUGUUGUGAAACCGUUUUACUGUCAUUCACUCCCAGGCCAAUUUAUUCUAAAAUGUUAUCGUCGUGAGAUACACUUUACUUGGAUUCCCCCAGACACUAAAAUCGCUAAAGCUAUGGUUAAAUUUCGUGAGUUUCACCAACCAAAAUUUACAACUAUGUCCGAUUAUGGAUGGGGACAUUCAGGAGUUAAAUAUCGCAAUCAUACGAUUACUUCACUCAAACCUAACCGGUUAUACGAAUUUGGAUUAAAUUUGAUAUAUGAAAACAGUACAUUUGAUCGAUUCCCAAAGAUUGGAUCAAAAGAUAUAUGCGCUUGUAAAACGUACCCUGAUGUUCCUGAUGCCCCAUUGGAUCUACGAUAUCACUAUAUGCAAGGUAAUCAAUACACUCUCGAAUGGACACCGAAUGAUGAUAAUGGAGAACCGAUUAUUACAUACAAUAUGAAGUCUAUGCCGAUUGUCUCAAGUAAUUCAGAACAACCAAAAUGGGAUUCAAUUACACCACAUAAUUUAACAGAUAAACAAGCUAAUAUCACAUUGGAUACGAAUCACCAAAGUGCAUUUCAGUUGAGAGCUGUCAAUAAGAUUGGAAUGAGUGAUCCAGCUUACUUGAUCAUAAGACCACCAUUUCAGAAAGUUCCAGAUAAGUCUAUAUUUUGUUUAGCUAAAUUUUUUGAAUGUCAACAUUUUAGCUUCAAUUUUCAAAGUGCAUUGAAUUCAAUUAUAGCAAUUCAUUUAAAAUCCGAAGUCUUUUCAGACAAGAAAUGAUGUUCAUCUAAUAUUGUUCUCUGUUUAGAUGACUAAACGACUAGAAAAAAUAAUUUAGUAGUGAAUCUAAACAGAAGACAAUGUGUAUUUUUAAACCAUAAAUAGAUCAAAUGUAAGGGUCAAAUGAUUUAAAUUCCACUUAAGGCGGAAAUGUUCUCUAUAUAAACAUUAGGAACGGGUGAUCAAAACACAAAUGAAAUUGUAUAUUACAAGAUUUUCAGUAGAUACCUAACAGAAAUUAACCCCAUAUCAUUUACUGGCCUUAGAGAUAUUGUUUCGAUUACUAAUAUGCAACGAGAAAUAUUUAUCAAAAUCACAACUGUGAAACUAUUAAAUGAGCGAUGGAUAGGCUAGUUUCUAAUGCUUUAAUAGUAGAAAAGCUUGUGCUGUUUGUAUAUCUGACUAACGAUUGUUUUCUCAUACACUGAUUCUGACUCAAUAUAUUCUAUGCAUUCGUUAAAUUGCUUAUUGUCUUACGAUUUCAAAAUAAUCUCUUUUCAUGUAAGUACGAUUGAGGCGACUCAUAAGUCUACCAUAAGAAAAAUUCGGAUACCAGAAAAUAUUCUUUUAUUCACUUUUCUACUAUUUCUAUAGUCUUAAGUAUGUUAUGCGAGUCACAAAAAC